GUGAGUGUAUGUGUGGCCACAGAGAGAGAGGACAGCAAGGCAGCUAGAGAGCUUGAGGGAAACGAUAAAGUGGGAGUGAUAGAGCGCUAGAUAAUGGAGGUGCAGUCGGAGUGUGUGGAGCCUCCUGUGGCACCACAGUGUGACCCCCAGCCCACAGGGAAGAUCAACAAAGCUGCCUUCAAACUCUUCGGAAAGCGACGUACUGGCUCUGGAAUGGCCAGCUUCUUCUCCUUCAGGAACAAAGGGGCCACAAACAGCAGGAACAACGGAAAUUCGGACAAUGGGAAUUCUUUGAAUGGAAAUGGCUCAACAGCAUCAGUGGAGCUCGUUAGGAGCAAAACGCACGAUGGACUAACGAGCUCUAACAACGACACUGAUGGACAGAGAGGGGAGGGGCUUGCUAGCCUGGAGGCUGGACCGGUGAGGUCUCUCAGCAAAUCGCUGAGUUUCUUCUCUCUACUUCGACGGGGGAGUUUCAGGUCGAGUGAGAAUGGGGGGACAGGGCUUGUCAGAAGAGGGAGGGGCCUAAAGGGAUUUUUUAGCAGCAUGCGAUGGAGACGUAAGGAAAAAACAAACGAGACAGAUGGGGAAGCAGUGGAGGGUAACAAGGAGAAGGAUGGGGACAGUACCGACUCUGAAAAGGUAAAGGAUAUUACUCUCACCCUUGAACCGCCUCCGCAUCAUCACCAAGAGGAUUGUGAGAAUGCAGAGGCAGAGCCUAACCUCCAAGCAACAGAGACUCCCAUUACUAGUGUUACCAUGACACCCCCUCACUGUGUCGCCAUGCCAGGGCCAUCUGUUGAGCCAGACUCCUCCUUUCCUUACACACCCACUGACUCGCCACUGCGCCCACCCAUCCAAAAAGCCAAAGCCUCCAUUUCCAGCCUCACGCCUUCAUUUGCAACACCCCCUUUGGAUCGUUGCAGCACAGGUGACCCACCCUCAGAACCUUCGGUGGACAGACUCUGCUCUCUCCUCUUCACUGAUGUCACAUCCCUCAAGAGCUUUGAUUCACUGACUGGCUGUGGUGACAUUAUUGCUGAUGCAGACGAUGAGGGGCCAGCGGGUAAUGGGGGCAGUGGCACCAGUAGCAGCAGCAGUGGGGGAGGAGGGGGGAGUGUGGGAGCAGGUGUUGGGAGAGCUGUUUGUAUCACCAGUGCUACAUCCCGUUGCUCCCCAUCCAAAUCCCCCUUACCUUCCCAGCUGACCCAGCCCAUGUUCUCUGUUUCCUCCAGCUCAGUGCCUGCUUCCCUCCCAGCCCGGGCUCGGGCACCGCCUCCACCACAACAGCACCCAGCUGGUAGUGGCGUGGUGGCUUACAUGGGUGGUGGGGAAGAAAUGGCGAGUCCAGAAGGAGUGGACGAUGCAGACAUGCAAGGGCUCUGGCACAUGUUGCCCUCCACAGGGGAUAACUCUCCUGCUUUGCCCCGAUCACACCAACCUCCCUCAACCAACCCCACUUCCACUUAUCCCCCCUGCACCAACCCUUCCAGCAGCCACAUUCCCUUAGCCCCCAGGAGUUCAGACCGAAAGGUACCCCAAGUGAAGGCAUUGGGGCUCAGUAAGAUACCAGUAGUUGGUGGAGCAGGAAAUCGGGCAGCUAAACCCCCUCUUCCUCACACACAUGGCCGUCAUCCUGCAUCACCUGGUGAAAAAGAGCCACUCAGUGAUGAGGGCUACUGGGACACACCCUCAGCAACACCCACAGCAACACCUGAUGAGAGUGGGCUGCAGCGUAACCAGAAGUUGGCUCUAUCACGUGACAGUUGCUCUGGAGACCACCUGUAUGACCUUUACAACGACCCUGAAGAGGAAGGAGAUGAUGACGAGCAGGAAGUAGAUGAAGAUCUAAACAGUACGCCUUCUCCAUCUACUGAAUACAAACUGAGCCCCACAUCCCAAACAAGUCCUCCUUCAUCCUCCUCCUCUUCCUCCUUCCGAUCAAUGAAAGGCAGUGCCAGCCUUCCUCGAGAAUCCAAGAUCCCAGUAAGCACCAGACAAACCCCACCCUCCCACUCUGUAAGCCAGUCAGCCCUAUCAUCUGUCCUAGAGGCUGAAUCCCCUCCACCAAAGACCCAAGCUCCUCCCCUAGCUCGCACCAGAAUCCCUGUAUCCAAGGUGCCCGUUCGUCGUUCAGGAAACAAAGCUGGCAACAGAGGAACUGCCCACAAGAAGUAGUUUCUGUCAAAUUGGUGGUUCUCUCCCACUAAUGUAUGGACUUCUUUACAGUACUGUUUAUGCAGAGCCAAAAGUUUUCGCAGACUGAAAAAAUGUUGAGCUGUGGAGUUAACAGCCUAUAAAUUUCUCUCAGAUGUUAAAAGCACUCAUUCCUUAAGUGUUUUGGCUUACAACGAAUAGAAUAAUGGUUUUGUUCACUUCAGAAAGUCACAAGGAGACUCCAAAAAGCUGGGUUAACACUUCAUGACCCUCAGGAACUUUGGAGACUCUUGACAAUCCAUGGACUUGCAUCUUUCACGUUCGCCUUGUAACUUCCUGGAAAAAGUGACCUGCUGAGAUUUUGACGGCCACUUUGAUGUAGCUCAUGACUGCACGCUGCAAGAAAAAGAAAAAAAGAAAAAGCAGAGCACCUUUUUAUCUCUUACAUUUUUGUUAUGGAAUUCCACAUAACAUAACUCAAUUUGCUCAUAAGGACCUAAUCUAAUCAAAGUUUGUUUUUUUGUUUUUUUCCUGAUUCAUCUUGUGUAAUCUGUAACAAAAUUACCUCCUAAUCCUCUGAUCUUAGAGCCAAAGUAAAAAAAAAAAAAGUCAUUUCACAGCCUCUAAUAUUCUGGAACAGACUCAACAACAUCCACAGCCUGGGAUAACAUACUAUUUUUUGUUUUUUGUUUUGCUGUUGUAUGUGUAUUUUGCUCUUCGAAGAUGGUCUUCUUCUAACCACACACUGAUAAUUAAACUUUAUGUGCAUCUAUGAAAAUGAAUGGUAAGACCUGAACUGGUUUUAUUACUUACCUACUUCACAGCUACAAAUGUGCAGAAGGCUACACGUUAUCUUUUUUUUUUGGUGAUGGAGACCUCCACUUUGUCGACUGGUUAAUUUUUUAUUGUGGAGGUUUGGACUCAGCCUGUUUCAUUUGGAUCUCACCUAUACCCCCCUGCAUUACUGGAAGUACAUCCAUAUGUCAAUCUCUGGGAUUUACAGCCAUUGAAUUACCAAUGGAAACCUGAAAAACUAUCGCAAUACUCUAUCUGGAGGGAUCCCUUGCACUGAUGCUUCAAAACACACACAUCCACAUACUCAAACAAAAUCGUACAUGCACGCACACAUUUUCUCUCUCUCUCUGCAUGCAGUGCCACACAUACAGGGCACAAAGGUCAGGAACAUCAUCUAACACUGAAGCAUCUUAGAUACACACACUGUUCAACCUUUGGCACUGUCUUUGUAGCUACACUGGAAGACUUUCUUUGCUAAGGAAAAACAACCAAUUUUUUCUAGUUAGUAUUUUCUUCUUCACUGGAUUUCAUACUGUUUUAUAGGCUCCCUCUUCCUAAGUCAUAUUGCACGGAUCUUAAACUGUGAUUGCACCAGCUUCUUAAUACUCUGACUUUCUGUUCGUCAAAAAAAAAAAAAAGUAAAAUUUGGGGACAAAUGCUGAAUCAGUUCAGAGUCCUCCACCCUUCUUUUCCUGGCUGUUGUACUUUUUGUACAACCUCAUUCUAGGAAUCGCCAUAGCUGUGUGUGAAUCUGAAUGUAGCUUGACAUCAUUGUAGGUCAUCCAGCAUAUACUUCCGUGUGCUGGUCUGUUUCCCUCUUUGUCUCUUUGUUGUAGGGGCAAGACAAAUGGUGGAGUGUACUGUUUUCUAAGUCCCCCAUGCUCAAAAAAAUUGAGACAAAUUACUGCCCAGUGUAUGCAGCCUUGCAAAGCACCACUUGUAUUAAGAAUGAGUGGGGUGUAUUGCAGUCCUAAAAGGCCUUUGUCAGUGAUUCAGUGAGACAAGUUACAGGGAGCAGAGUGUUCCCUACCCUACUCUUUACUGAAAGAGAGGGGUUUUCAUAGGAAAAGACAUUCGAGAUGAUGCAAGUUUUCUCUAAUCCUAACCACAAGGGUACCAACACUUGAGGGUCAUUCUAGUUCAUGAUAGCUUUCCAUUUCAUUUAGGAUGUGAUGAUUGAUCCAUGAAGCUGCUUCAGGUUCAGAUAUCUUUUCAGCCACCCAAUGGUGUAGUGUAGAACAGUCCAUGGAGUAACCUGAUCCCAGGUCUGCAGGAAGAGCAUUUCUCACCACAUAAAAAGGGCAUGCUAAAGGUCACCUGCAGAGCAGAAAAUGAUCAUGUCCAUUCAUGUUUUAUUUGCCUAAACUGUGCUCUAUGAUCUUUUGGUUUAGUUUGCGAUUACUCUCAUUCUCCUCUGAGUUGAGGAAGGGAUAGAAAUGAGAGGGAAGGAUGGUGGCAUAAGGUAACUUUUUGUGUGAUUGAGAUGGGCAACAGUCUAAACCUUAAAAGUAUUUCUGGUAAAAGUAUAUUUUCUUCUGGACUGCUAACCACAACAGUUGGCCGAGGAGAACAAAAAUAAAACAUCUAACUCCAUGAAUGGGAAACCCCACUUUCAACAAUCAAAUUAUAUUAAUGCUAAGAUUAAGAGAGAGUAGAGAACCAUGAAAUAAUCAUUACACCUUAUAUAUUCAACUGGUUUAUUGUGUCCUCCUCCGCUGGUGCCAAAUGUGUUCCACAUGCCACAGUGAGUCAGUAGCACAUUUUUUCCUCAGUUAUUCCAAGUAUGACAUUGUGAAAAUUAAAGUUAAACUUUUGUCAUUAGUUGUUGCACUGGCACUACACAGUAAUGACAUCAACCACUGAGUCAGGCACAUUGGCAUCUGGUUCAUCUUUUUUUGUUUUUUGUUUUUUUUUUGGUGAUAAAUACUUCUCUCUUUUCUUUCUGAUUACAAAUCUGGACCUUCCUGUGAUCAGUGCAUUGAAAGGCACAUCAUGUUCUUCUUUUUAUUACCAUAUGUUCACAGUGCAAA